GGCGGUGACGGGAUUCGACUUCGGAGGGGACAAAAGCCAUGGGAAAAAAAGGUCCUCUUUACCUACUCUCUCAUCCGCCGAGUCGUCGUCUUUUGCUCUUUUCAGCCUCGCCGCGACGUGGAGAGCGCUGGCGAUUUAUAAAUUUCGGGGUGAGAUAAAAAAAAAGCGACCGUGGUAGGGACGGGCGAAGUAGAAGGAGAGGAAAAAAAAAAUCGACUUCCCGCCUUUCGCAUUUCUUGAAAUCUAGAGCGGUGGCGUAGAAAGAGACAUAGGAGAAGAGAAGACGAGAGAGGAGAGAUAAGGGGGGGAGGGGGGGCGUUCCGAGGAGAUGGACACGCCGGAGAGGAGCAAGAUCGCGGGCACGCCGCUCUCUAAGUUCGAGGAUUCUCCCGUCUUCAACUUCAUCAAUAGUUUGUCACCUAUCCAGCCUGUCAAAUCCUUAGAUUCCGUACACAGUGCGCAAUCAUAUCUGCCUUCUAUUUCUUCCAUCUUUAGUUCACCACAUGCCAAUUUACAAAGGGAAUCAAAACUUUUGAUAAGGAAUUCUUUUCCAGACUUCUCAAAAUAUGAGAGUUCUUCUGAUAAUGUGGAUGAAAGCAACCUAAGUACAGGGGCCCUAAAUGCUGUUAGACUAUCCAGAUGCACUGUUAUUGCCCGAGAAAAUUGCAGUAUAAUAUGCUCACUUAAUGAAGCUACUAUCGACCCUCCUGAUGAAUGUUCGACUCUACCUAGUAAUUUGUCUCAGCCUGAGCAGUAUUACCCUGGUAGUCCCAACCAUAAUACUGCACCUUGCUUUGGUAUCAAAAUGGAUGUUAAGUUGGAUAUUGGCCAUGCACCACUAGAACUGGUUCGCUUUGUUCAAAAUGGUAUGGACAAGAGAAAAAGUUUUUAUGCUUCUGAAACCGAGUUUCUGGAAAAUCAUCCACCAGAGCACAACAGAGAUGAAGUGGUAGGGUGUGACUGGGAGAAUUUAAUUUCUGAUAAUGGUGAUAGCCUGUCGAUUUUUGAUUCCAAUAAUGAAUCAGAGGCUUGCAAAGGGCCUAUUGAGAAAUUAGGAGAUUCUUCAAAGCUUGCAGAGGACCUUGAACGUUCACAGAAAACACAACCUGAAGAAUCUUUUGGUCCUUGUGUCCAAACUGCUUCACAGGAUCCUCCAGUCAACUGUAGCGAAGAAAAUGGUAAGGAAGAUGAAACAGAUCAUACCCCGCAAAUUCUUUCAGACACUUGUCAAACUCAAGUUGCAUUGAGUGAUCAGAUCGAGAAGACAGCCAAUGGAAACGGUGAUCACAUUCAAUCAGGCCACAAGGUUGACUUCCAACAACAGCGUGGCAUGCGAAGGCGCUGUCUGGUUUUUGAUACAGCUGGAUUUUCUAAGAAGAAUUUGCAAGACAACUCAAACUUCCAUUCCUCAACCUCAUUGCUGUCAAAUGAGAAAAUGGCUUCUGAUGAUAAAUGCUCCAGGCCUGGAACUAGUCAUUCACCAUGUGUGUUGCCUGGUAUUGGGUUACAUUUGAAUACUCUUGCAACAACCUCGAAAGACCGACUGGUCACUCAAGAGACAUUGGCUUCUGGGAAACAAUUAAAGAGCAUGCCAUGUUCUGUUGGCCCCUUUGCCCCGACAACAUCUGGGCAGAAAAGCAAGUCCUUGGCUGUUGAGAAGGAUAUGAGUCCUACUGGAAAUGAAGUCCAGAACCUUCAGAUUGUGCAUGAUGAUGCAUCUCAGGUUCCUGCACUUGGAAAUGGUGAGGAGCUAAAUCAAGGCAGUCCAAAGAAAAAAAGGCGCAAGUCAGAAAAUGGUGGUGAAAGCGAGUCAUGCAAGCGUUGCAAUUGUAAGAAGUCAAAAUGCCUGAAACUUUACUGUGAGUGUUUUGCUGCUGGAGUCUACUGUUCAGAGCCCUGCUCAUGCCAAGGAUGUUUUAACAAGCCAAUUCAUGAGGAAAUGGUUCUCGCUACUCGCAAGCAGAUAGAGUCCCGCAAUCCUCUUGCAUUUGCUCCUAAAGUGAUUCGGACAUCUGAAACCGGCCAGGAAAUUGGGGAAGAUGCUAACAAGACUCCAGCUUCAGCCCGCCAUAAAAGGGGAUGCAACUGCAAGAAGUCAAAUUGCCUGAAGAAGUACUGCGAGUGCUAUCAGGGUGGUGUUGGAUGCUCUAUCAGCUGCAGAUGUGAGGGAUGCAAGAAUGCCUUUGGAAGGAAAGAGGGUAUUGUUCCGAUAGGAGCUGAAGAAAUGGAACAGGGACGGGAGGAAACAAAUCCUUGUGAGAGGGAAAAGGACAAACCAGAUGAUGAUGGCCAACAGCAUGCUAAUGUGCAGAUUGAAGAUAACCAUUCUUCUGAAAAUGUUUUAUCCGUGACACCUUUGCAAACUCGCAGGCCAUGUGUCAAACUUCCACUCUUUUCAAGUGCAAAGCCCCCAAGAUCUUCUACACUUUCUGUUGGGUUCUCUCCUUGGCUAUUUACAUCUCAGCCUAUCCGAAAGUCUGAAAUCCCACUUCCUCAACAUAAGCUUGAGAAGCAUGUAAGUACCGUUCUUGAGGACGAUACUCCAGAUAUCCUGAGAUGCGAUGCAUCACCAAGCAAUGGUGUGAAGACUGCCUCCCCUAACCGAAAGAGGGUUUCACCUCCACAUAAUGGAAUUGGGUUGUCCCCAAGCCGCAAGGGUGGCAAGAAAUUGAUCCUAAAAUCUAUUCCUUCAUUCCCAUCACUCGCAGGUGAUAUAUGUGAAGAUUAUCCCAUGAACCAUUCCAACAGUUCUUUUAGUUCAUCUACAUGUAGCUGAGGUUGUGAAGUUGCAAGGCUGGGUGGCAUGUGAUUGAUAAAGACUGCCAUAAAUUGCCAUUUCUCGCUCCAUAAGAGUCCUUGCUCUGGGCCAAAACUUGAGUAGUGUAACCUGGUAACAUGUGAAGUAUAAACAGCAACGAUUUGCUUCAAUCAAUGUUAAAUAACUGAGCUCUGUUCUUGGAUGUACCUGUUUUGAGAUGCCUGUCUGAUAUUACUGUUUAUUUUCUGCCUCUCAGCACGUGUACUGUUUUCCUACGUCAGUAUAUUUAUGACGAGACCAUGGCACAUCUCUUUUACA